UGGGCGUUUGGUGCCAGUAAGCAGAGCGAUGCUCGCCUGCUGAGAGACGGGGUUUAAAUCAAACGGAGUCCCCCUGGUACACAGACUUGGUUUUGUUCUGUUUACCAUUCAGUCACCACUAACCAUCUGCGGUGGCUGUAGCUCAGGAGGUGGAGCAGAUCAUCUACUAAUCGCCAGUGAUUGGCACCAGGCAAUAACAAGAACCAUGGUGACCAAGAAAGUGAGGACAGAAUAUAUGAAGAAGUUCAGGGACCCCAAAUGGGAGACGUUUUCUAAAUGCUAUGAGGACUCUGUGAAGUACCGUCUGACUCGCCGGGUGAUAGAACACUCCCACAAGCCCUGGUUCUGGGAGGGCUGGGACAGCGGCUCUGACUCCAGCGGCUGGUCAACACCAAGGCUGACCAGGAACAAAGUGGUUCCUCUGUCUCUCCCGCUGCCGCCCACAUCCUUGGAGGUCAAGCAGAGGUUGUUGGAGUCAAAGACCAGUCCUGUGCAAAAGCCAGCGUGCGAGGAUGGAGAGACUGACGUGGGGGACCGGGACGCUGCGGUUGUAGAUGCGGCACAAACCACAGCAGCAGUUGUAGAAAAUGGUGUGAAUGAGGCCGGUGGCAGUUCUGUGGCGGUGGCUCCAACAAACAGCGCACCCUCAGACGACACACCGACAGACAACGGGCCAGCCGACUCGGCGUCUUCUGAUGCGGAGCCAGUAAAGCCAGUAUCCCGACGGCAACGCCGCCGCCACACGCCACGCUCUGAGCAGCCGCACCGAGACAGUUCCCAGGAUGACAAACCAGCCGUGAUCCGUAAACCGCCGAGAGCAAAGAGCACGCCGGUGAUCAGCACCAAGGAGAAGGAGAACCACAGACCGUCCAGCCGGCUGGACUGGAGCGAGAGACAGAUGGAGGUCAAGAGGACAACCAAUGAUAGUCACACUUCUGAUGCCUGCGUUCAGACCCGCAGGGAGUCUGACAAGCGGAGCUCCAGGCUGGACCGCCGGCGGGCUCGAUCGGCUGACCUGGAGAAGAUAAGACGCUCGCAGCUGAUGGUGGUGGACGACCGCUGGAUGACAGAGUACAUGCGCUGUUUCUCCGCCCGGCUUAGGUAGAGAUGGGAUCCACCUAGAAUCCCUAAAUACCAAGUUUCCUUACGUGCAAAUAUCAGGAGGAAAUCAUUUCUCAUUUUAAUUAACAAUCCAGAGAGAGAACCGUGUUGCCACAAGACAACACCGCUCGCUGCGUUGUCUCCUUAGUUGACAAAGAAAUAAGAAAUAAAGUGAAGAAGUGGGACGAGCUACUGUUUUCGAUCCAGUUGAUAAAGUUCUAAAUAGUUUAUGAACAUCAAGUUUACAAUUUUACCUUUCUGUACAUGGGUCGUUACAAAAAGUACCUUUUUUAUAAUAAAGAUCAGAGAUUCGAUUCUUUUAACAGAUUUGGGACUAUUUUACGUAUAUCUUUGGGAUUUCAGUAAUGAAAUGACACGAAACAAAUCGAAUUUACUUAAAAUUCAUUUAAUUCGCUUCUCUCUGGGAUCUUAGAUAACUUCUCUCAGUUACUGGGUGAAUUAGCGCUUGAGCCAGGAGGGUGUCACUGCUCAUAUGAGAAAGGGACAGUGUUACACGAGUGUGUCUGAUCACUGAGCAGCGGAGUUAUCAGCUAGACUGCUGCGUCCUUUGGAAGAUGUUUGAUGUAAGAUGUGCCCUUACAUCAGCGUUUAUCUGCAUUCACGACCUUGCUGCUUUGGCUUCCUGAUGGAGACAAAAAGCUCUUAAAAGCAGCUGUAGCAGAGGACGGACACAGCUCGCAGCUGUUUAUGGCGCCCCCAAGUGGUCAGAAGCUGCAGCUUUAAGCGCUAAAAUGCUCCAACGCUCUUUUUUUAAUUCAAGAUAUUUUUAUUGAGUAUUUGUGGAUAUAGUUUACAAAGAAAACAAAGAAGGCGGAAAACACAAACUGUUUACAAUGAAUACAAAACAGACAUGUUGGAACAUUGUUUUCCUCUCUUAUUAUUUACCAAACAAGCAAAAAAAAAAAACCAGAAACAGAAAAAUAAAAAAUAACAAAAUAACAAAAGCCACAACCCGGGAGGGAUUAUGAGCUUCACGUUCCCGUUAAGACAUCCGACCACUCUGGAGAAGCACAUCCGUUAGUCAGCUGGAACAUCCUUAAGUUGAAGUUUAGAGAAGUUUUCCAGAAAGAGACCCCAAAUUUUAUCAAAUGUGCCCUUUUGGUUCUGGGUGGAGCAGUGGAUCUUUUCCAGACUGAGACACGACAUGAGAUCAGCACACAUCAAAAUAGCACGCCUAUCCAAGAGGGAACCAAAGGACAGCACCCUGCGCUUUGCUCUGGGAAUAUACUUAUCAUCCUCUCCCGCUUUACCACAGAGAGCAAGUAGGGGUUGAGAGCUAGUUUCAGGCCGGCAGCCUUGUUCAAAGUGCAGAAAACCUCCCAAAGGUUUGCCAGGGCAGGUCCACCGAUGCUGUUUGUAGUUAAUUUCAUCUAUGCAAUAGGUGUACAGAACAUUUAUUAUGACUUGUGAUGGUAUGCUAUAGCCUUUCCCACGUCUUCACUUGAUGCCACAUUACACGGGAUUAUUUAUGACGAACUAACGAGACAACAGGAACAGUGUUGUUUUGCUGCAGCAUCCUGUCAGAGCGAAUCGCUGCUGUCGAGAGAGAAAGAAAAAUACUGUCCUUAGAUUUCAGACUAAAGACCAUUCAUGCAAAAGUUGUUAACCAUCACCUUUUGUUGUUGUUUUCCCUACGACAGUAACGAUCGGCUCUGCAGGAACAGUUCAGAUUUCUCUUUCUGAACACUUUCAGAUGAAAUUGGCUGAACUGUGUUUCUCUGGUGUUGUUUUUUGUAUGAGAAUGAACAAUAAAAUGACUCGUUCUUAGAUUUUCUAUACAUGUAUCUACAAAAAAACACACCCACGUCUCUUUUGAAUGUAUUUAGUUUCUGCUCUUCUUUCAUUUAGAGCUCAUGUUAAACACACAUUCUGUUUUCAGCUCUCUCUCAUGAAGCCAGCUGUGUGUUUACACCUCAGAGUUUGAUCGGAGAAAGGCCCAAACUGGAACUUUUGAUAUCUGUGUAUUUUGGAUAUGAGGACUCGAGCUUAGAUUAAAAGAAGUUAGAAACACAUGAUAUGUCAAAUAAAGCUCAAAUCGAAGGUAUUUUUACAGAAAAGGUUAGUUUAUUAAAUUGUAAUCAUUGUAAUUAUUUAGAUCAGGUAACUGUUAAGCAUACAGUAUAUUUAUUGCAGAGUGUAGUUGGUGUGUUUUCACCUGGGGCAGCUUCUUUUUUUUAAAUUGAUUUUUAAUCAGAAAUAACCUGAGUGUAGUGAGUGUAGUGAAUACUCCACAGGAAAAAAGCUUUUAGGGUAAUUACGCAAAACUAGAUGCUUCUAAAACUUUUACGUGAAAUGAGGAGCAGCCAUCAUCGCCGUACUGCUGUCUCUCUUAUUUUUUUAAAGACAGCCAGAACGUAUCAGAAUUCCAGUUUCAAGUUUCUGCGGCGUCCUGGUCCACCAGGCCUGAAACAGACCUACAUGUUUCCAUCAGCGUGAAGAAAAGCACACGUGUUAAAGCGUUCUGAGUUUGUGGCGUCUGUUAUUUGUUGAUUUUAACUGAAGAUUGUAAACACACUGUGAGGUCAUGGCUGCGUCUCGUGACUCAAACUGAGGGCUAAUCAUCACUAUGUACCAAGUUUACAGCUUUGCACUCAAAGAAUGUUUGUCGUUUUCACACCAACCGAACCUCUUCACUCUGAAUGUUCACAGCCCUUCGUGUUUGUCCUGACACCACAGGAACUUUAAAAACCAGUGUUUGUGCUGUAGGUGGCGACGGAGAUGUCCACACACUUUACUGAAGUAAAAGCACUAAUGGUUAAAAAAAAGACUCAGUCGUGACCAAAUGUUUUGUUGUGUAAGAGUAGCGAGUAUGGUUUCGCAGUUAAUAUGUUUGCCUAUUGACUAACUCUGUUAGAGCUGUGAGUGUAUGAGUGCUCAGGGUUCAGAAAGUUGUAAAGCUUCAUCCAUGUGCUCAAAACAUGUUGUAUCUAAAGUGCACGAGCGUUUGUUUCUGCGUUGCUUCAACCUGAAUGUGUUCUCACUGUCGGUCAGCGUGAACAGUCAACAUCACUGACAACAGCAGCUAUCAAGUAUAACCCGAGGCAUAACGUGAUGUUGUUAUAACCGAGGGCCCUCAGAAACCGAGUGAGUGCAAACACAGCUGUUAAAGACCUCGGAGUGAGAGUGGGUAAACGUACCUGUAGAGCUGCUGUGGAUGCAAAGGUCCUGCUUUGGUUAUUUAUCUUCAUAACGCAUUUUAAACGUAUGAAUGUCGAGACAAUCACUAGAAAUGAUUUGAAAGUGGAAAAAACUAAAUAUGUAACACUUAAGAUAAGCUGUGGAACAGAGUGGACGUGGGUGGAGAAAAUGUUGCUUUGUCUGGUUUACCAGCAACAGAUGAGAAGGAAUGUGCAUCACAUGUCUGAGUAUUUAAUGCUGUCGACAUAUUUCGCCCACUGUAUUUGUACUUAAAAACAUGCACAGGCUAUAUUUUCAUUCACUUUAAUGCAUUGCUGUGAAUAAAUUUGAACAAAACCUGAUUUGAAGAGUU